UUUUGAUAGGAGGCAGGCAGACGCCAAACGAAGGUAGCUAACGGAUCUGCCAGGGUCAAGGAUGGCAAUAAAAAUGAUCCCGGUUGAAUUUGACUUACACAUCAGCGUAUCUUGAUAGCCGCUGGGCCGCUCGCCGGUACGAUGCCCUCGGCUGCUCGGACCGGGUGUUGGAUAGCGUGGUGCCAGGCAAUCCUCUUUGGUGCGUCGGCGCUGGUUAUUGUCGCCGAAAGAAGCGCGCUGAUGUACUGUAUAGGCUUUUACCUAUGGAACGAGGACAUGCAGUGGGCAGGCCUCACCCUUGGACUGCUGUUGCCAGGGACUGCUGCCCAGUUUCUAAGCUUGAAGUGGUACCAUGACGACGGUAAUGAGAGGACAUGCUUCCUGUCAGUCAUGCAUAUACUGCACUUGGGAAUCUUCAAAAGGUUAUGGGACUGUAUGUUGUCAGUGUGGUACAUGCAGGGCUCGGCUGGGGAACUUGGCGCCGCAGUGAUGCAGCAGGCUGAUGUUUCUGCCCUCCGCCUGUUGGAGGCGCUCUUACUCACCCUCCCUCAAACCCUGCUACAGACGUAUAUCCUGGUGGCCACAGAUGUUGGCUUCAUGUCUCCAGUGGCCAUGUGCUGUGGCUUGUGCCUGCUGUCUCUGUCCUGGGCCGUGGUGCUGUACAGCCGGGCGUGCUGUCUGAUCCGACCGGGCCACCUGGCCAUGCCGCCUGCUGCCCUUGUGUGCCAGCUGCUGUGGAGGGGCGGAAUGCUCGGCGCCAGGGUGGCCAGCCUCAUGUUCUUUGCCCGGGUCUUCAACUGGUGGGUCCUUGGCGUGGCAGGCUUCCACUGGCUUACCGCCUCCUUCUGGCUGGUUUCCCAGCAACCAGACAUCUGUACAGGCCCUUGGUGCUGGCGUCUGUUCAACAGUGCCCUGGGGGUGGUCCACAUCUUCCUUUUUCUCAACGUCAAAGAUGGACCAUCGCGGUUCCGCAUGGCCGGAUUCUAUGUGGUCAUGCUGCUGGAGAACGCCACUCUUCUGCUGGCUGCCUCUGACUUCCUCAGUGAGGCAUCGUGGGAUAGCUUAACCCUCCCCACAGCUGUGCUGUGCAGCUUCCUGUUGGGCACCACUUCUCUGGUACUGUACUACCGCUUCCUCCACCCCAAGUCGACAGAGAUCUCCCAGGGCCUCGACCACAGCCACAUGGGCAGCACCUGUUUGGAGAGGGACGGGUCCUCGCCAUCCUUAGGGGACAAGAGUCUCCCCGCCGCCUCCCUGCACAACCACGGCAGCUUCUCCCUGUCCGGGGUGGCCGGCUCGCUGGUGGAGCACCCUGGGAGUUGUGGUGCCAGGCCCAAUGACUCGUGCCCCUGCUACCACCACCACUGGCUCCUGAUCCGGCUGGCGCUGAAAACAGGAGACGUGGGGAAGAUCAACCGGGCGUACGGUGCUGGCGGGGUGGCUGCCAUGUUGGACAUAGAGGAGUAUAACCCGGAGCUGAAGAACAAAGAUGGGGGGACAACCACUGUGGCCGGGGGCAGCUGCGACGGGGUCUCCACCUCCGAGUCCCUGGGGAAGGGCCUGGCACCCCUCUCCGACUGCAAGGAGGAAUUCCAGAGCAUCAGCGAGCCCACGUCCAACGAGGCCCAGGAGGAAGAGGAUGACAGCCUGGAGAUGGAAAGCCCACUGGAGUCGCCCGUGUCCGACUUCAAACGCAGCUCCCCUGAGGGGAAGUCGGUGUUUGGAGACAGCCCAGAGCCCUACUUCUGCCCCACCGAGUCCAGCUCCACGUUAUACUUCAGUGCCGACCCCCAGUCCCCAAGCAGCACCAGUAACCCCCGCCUGGACAGAGAGCCAGGCGGCCUGGGCGAGCAUGCCUCCUCAGGCCUCAGCUCUGUCCCCAGCGACCCUGCAUUGCACCGAAAUGUCCGGGGCUUGAUGGGGAGGGUGGGGCCUCGCUACACCUCCACCCCCAAACUGGACUCUGGAACGCAGGAUUCCAGCGUGCCCCACCUCACAGGCCCCAGGAGGCAGCUGAUACUGUCACACCGUAAUGAAGAAGACCAUUUUUAGUCAUCCAUGACUAGAUUAAUUGUGGUCCACAUCUUAAAUGGAGGAUUAGCAAGGAAGGGGGACUACAGCUGCAGUCCAUCUGCAUUAACAUUUAAGCUCAGGCCAGAGUUUGUUGGCUUCUUAAAAGCACAAGUAUCUAAUGUAACAAUUCCUAGUGUGUUUUAUUAUUCUCAUUUAAGAAUACCUCCCUAACCCCAAAGAAGAACAUUCUCACUGGCAGGCAUUGCUUUGAAACAGGGCUGCUGUGUCAAGCUGACAAAACGGUUUGAUGUUGAAGUGUUACUGGUGUCUCAUUUUAAAUGACACAUUUUGCCUUUGGGAAGUUGAUUAUAUGACUCAGUAAAUAUUCAACACUAAGAGCUAAUUCAUUUUUUAAAGUUACUUAUGUUGCAAAAAAAUAUGUUUUUUAUUCUUUGUCGGAAACACAUGUUGAACAUGUAAACAUUUACAAAAAUAUGCUGUUUUUCAUUAUAAUUCUGUAAAAAAAACAAACAUCUCAGGCACUGGUUUUGUCUUCAAACAUGUUCACAUGUGAGUGUGAGUUAAUUUAAGGAGUUGGCUCUAACAUUUGGUGACAAUGUGUUUUUAUCUCUGUUCAGGGACCUUUUGCAUUUGAUUGAGAACAUAUGUGAACAACAAUAAGAUCCACACAUAUAGAAAACAUUGAAAUGAUGCUGGUUUUCAUAGUUUCCCCUCAGGUGCUUGCCUAUUUUACCAUGUAUCUGUAGGUAAUAGCCACGGGUGGCUUAAUGAGCAAUAAAUGUCUUAUUGGUGUGUUUGAAAUCAAA